AUCAUUUUCCAAGCAGACUUCAACUUCAGAUAUGGAAAAGUAACCAAGCUCGUAGUCAAACUAGCUAGAAAUUCAACGCAGUCAUGAUGUAUAUGGAAAUAUCAGGUGACCAUGACUGAUGUCAAAGUGAAGUUGGAAAGUUAUGUGGAGGAGGACGAAUGGUUGUGUGGAGAAGUGAGGGAUCCUGUGGGGAAUCCGCUUCAGUUGACUUUGGGAGGGGAUUACAGCACAGUGGACGAGGAUGAAGUCAUCAACAGCUAUGAGACGCAAGCUCAGCUUUUUAAACAGGAACGGAUACAGGUCAUGGAGGUGUGGCAGACAGCAAUUUUGGAGCUUGAUCGUCUCCAGGAGUUCUACGAGAAUCUUUACACUGAUGGGCUAAAUCCCAAUGCUAAGCAGCUCUCACACAAACACCCAGUGACCAAUCAGGAACUGCCUUUGACCAAUUAUAAUUUGACUGAGCAAAGCCCAGAAGUGGAAGAGCUCCAUAAUCAGCUCAGAACAACCAAGGCUGAUCUGAGAACUGCCAUAGCCAAAACGGAUGAAAUGACGCAGCAGCUGCAGUUGGCUCAGCACCAGCUAAAGAGACAGGAGGAAGAAGUAGCAGAGGGUCAGAGUCGAGAGGAAGCUGCACAGAGACAAAUCCAGCAGCUUCAGACAGCCCUCAGCCAGCAAGAGGACAGGAUAAAAGCUGCAUCUCAGGAGGCCGAGAAUGCACAGAAAUCGCAAACAAUGUGGGAGAAAACAUCAGCGAACCUGAAGGCCCGUUGUGCUACUUUAGAACAGGAGAAGUAUGAGGCUGUGGACAAAGUCAGAGAGUGUGUGCAGAUGGCUGAGGAGGCAGCAUUGCAAAGGGAUGAGGCUCUCUUAAGAACAGCACAGUUGACACAGGAGCUUGAGAAGACAAAGAGAAAGUUCCAGCAAGCGAUUCAGGAUGCCGCUGUCUGCUCCCAGAAGGAGGUGACUCAAAUACGGGAGCAGUGCAACACAGAAAUGCAAAGUAUGGCUCAGGAGUUGUCUCUGUUGCAACUGGAGUGUGCCGACAAACAGUCUCAGAUCGAAAGGUUCAAGCGAGAAAGAAGAGCUUUCGAAGAGGAACUGCAAAAGGUGACGAAAGGCAGGGUAGAACAAGAGUUUGGACAAAUCAGUGCCCUUCAUCAGCAGAUGAUUAAUGCAGAGCAGAUGAAGGAGGAAAUGAGCAUCACUUUGCAAAGCACCCAAAGCAAACUAAAAAAGCUAGAAACAGAACACAAUGAGCAGUUGUCCCGCAGCCAGGAGGAAGUAGAGCGGCUGCGGGGCUGUUUAGCUGCAGCCCGAGGGGACUGUGUCAGAAUCAGCGACGAGCGCCUCCAGUUACAGCAGGAGAACGUGCAGUCCCGUAGGGAGAUGGAUAAGCUGUUCAAGACCUAUGUGCUGAUCCAAACCAAGGCCAAACAGCAGAUGAUGCAAAUGGAUGAAGAAUACAGCAAAAAGGAGAAGACACUUAAAGCACAGAUGAGCGACUUGGAGAACAGCAGUCGCAGCUCAAUUGCUGAUCUGAUGCGCCUUCUCACUGCACAACAGAAAAGUAUUCAGCGCUGGAAAAUGGAGGCCCCAAACAUGGCCCAGGCUUUUGAAGCCAAAAUUAAAAAUCUAUUGGAAGAGCUGAACCAACAGCAGCAGUGGUCACACGAGUUGGAGCUCCAGCUCAGAAACAACAAUGGUACUAUUGCUGAGUAUGAGAGACAGCUUGCAGAGCUUCAAGAGAAGACCAGUCGCCUCCAGAGACGUCUCACUGAGGUUGAGCAACGUGCAACUGCGUCUUCACAGCAGCUGUUGUGUGUUAGAAGCAAAACAGAAGGCGUUCAAGGAGCUCCCAACGCUAAUUAACACGCAUGACACAGGAGGACACGAAAGCUAUCUAUUUUGGCAUCACUGACUGAGGAAAACAGCCUUGCCUCCCCUGGACUAAUCAAUCGUUCGUUCAUAUAAAACCCCAUGUAAAGAACAUUUACAAUAAACAUAAUGAAAAUACAAACUCCACUUGUUUACAUGUUAAAGGGUCUCUGACAUGAUUAAUCAACUUGUCUUAAAUAUGUUAUAUAUUGUUUGUAAUUAAGUUCUCCAUUGUUAGAUUUUUUAAAACGAACGGUAAAUUUGCAAAAAUGACAUUUAUAGUUCAUGGCGCCACCCAUGAUGAGCUAGCUCUCACAGUUCAGCCUCAUUUCCGCAAGUGACGUCAUCGGGGUGGUGCUAAAGCAGAGUAAACAAACGCUUCUCGAGGUAGAUGGUCGGCUUGGUUCAGUAUAUUUUCCAUCAAUAUAAAAAUCAUGCCAAACCGUUGUGUUGCUGCUGGAUGUUCACAGUAUCCGAGUGAGCCUGUAAGUUUGUUUUCUUUUCCAAAAGACGAAGGUUUAAGACAAAAAUGGAUGAAGCAAGUGCAGAGAAGGAGAGACAGAUGGACGCCCACUUCGCGGUCCGUUCUCUGCAGUGAUCAUUUCACUGAGGACUGAUAUGAAGGAACAUAUUUGGCUUGAAAUUACGGUAUAAACACAUUUUGAAAAAGGAUGCUAUUCCGCCAGGACACAGGAGAAAAAAAAAAAAGACAAGAAGAAUGAAGUUGCCACAGAAUGUCUUGUUUACAUAAUGUCUUCUCAACACUUUUCUAUGAUAGUGACAAGGCUGUAAAGCAUUGUUCAUGUUACAUAAACACCUUUUCACAGCAAAAUUUGUGUUUACUUUGUGUGUGUGGAGGGGG